AUGGCGACCGGCGACGAGGCGGAGACGGCGUCGCCGGCGUCGGAGGAGGCGAGGGACUGGUCCGACAUGACGCCGGUGUGCCUUGACGAAGCGUUCUCGCGGCUGGCGCUGGAGGACCUGUGGCGCGGCGCCAUGGCGUGCUGCCGCUCCUGGCGGGACGCCGCGCGCUCACGCCCGGGGCUCUUUGCGGUGCUAGACCUCGAGCCCGGGUUUGCUGAGUCCACACCCGGAGCCGAGGCGGCAGCGUGGUGGACGCCCGCCUUCCAGCGCCGCGUCGACGCCAUGCUCCGCUCCGCCGCCACUCUCGCCGCGGAGGAGCUGUGUGAAAUCCGUGUCCGCCACUGCUCUGACGACGCGCUCGCCUUCGCCGCCGAGAGGUCUCCAAGACUUAGUAUCCUUUCCAUCAAAACUAGCCCGGCAGUAACUGAUCGAUCGAUGCUCACUGUCGGAGCAUGCUGCCCCAUGCUUACAGAAUUGGACAUCAGCAACUGCUAUGAGGUUUCAUACAAGUCACUAGAGGUGAUUGGCCAGAGCUGCCAGAACCUCAGGGUCCUCAAGCGCAACAUAUUCCACUGGAUCGAUCCAUCAGAGCAUGUCGGAAUAGUUCCUGAGGACUACUUAAGAGAAUGCCCCGAAGAUGGUGACAGGGAAGCCAUUACAAUAUCCAAGUUCAUGCCAAAGCUGAAACAUCUUGAACUGAGGUUCUCAGAGUUGACCGCUGUCGGCCUCAGCUCUAUCCCUGAAGGAUGCAAAGACCUGGAGGUUCUGGACCUGUUUGGCUGUGCAAAUCUUACAAGCCGGGGAAUAGACCAGGCUGCUGCUAAUCUGAAGAAUCUGGUGACGCUAGUGAAGCCCAACUUCUACAUACCUCGUUCCUCCUUCCACAUGGGGAGGUACGGCCACUGGCAGUUAUACGACGAGAGGUUCCAGACAAAUGUAUUUCAGAUAUGA